CCUACAGCUUCAACGACGUCACUGCGCGAAAUGCAGGCUUUCACACUCUCGCACCUGAAGCCAACGACCAAGGCAGAUAUCACACGACUUCUGAAGAAAAUUUGCCCUGCAAGACAUAUGUACCACAUAAAAGUUGACGACGCACAAAGAAAACAUGCGGAGAAACUAUCACUAGCAAAUGCCACCAAAGGUUUUGCUAGAGUGCUGAUAAACUAUAAGAAGCAAAGAAAACACUAGAGCGCCCAGUAUAGUUUUGCACAGCCAAAUGUUUCAAGGUAUUGACUGGAAAAUGAUAAGGCGUCCUUAAAUUAUAUUCCGCUACGAUCCUUCUCAUGGGGAUCAUCGAAUCCUCUUAGGUCCACAGAGUUGCGCUGUACAGUACACCUCUUGUUUGCAGGUUGAACCGGGCACCCAGUUAUUCGAACAUUGAACUCAUCAACGGAGAUUAAAUCCAAGUUUUUUCAUUGGCUGCACCAGAGAAUUAUGCACCAGUUUUGUAGCCCGUAAAAGCAUCUUCUGUCGCAGUGUUUUCGAAGAAGCUUUGUGCCGUUUGCCCUUCUGCUUGCGCGCAUAUUUGCCUGUAGCAGUAGCGCGGAAUCUUGCCUUCCAAGAUGAGUAUGGCUUUAUUUUAGUCUUCAUACCUCGAAACGAGCACAUUUGUAAAUGUAUAUUGGACACGGAAUGUAUUUCUCUAGCAAAGAACGAAUUCGCUGUGUUACGUAGAUUUGUGUCAACUACUGACUUCAAGCGUGGACUGCUCAAAACAAGGCGUGGCACGUUAGACCUGGAACGUAGAAUGUUCAGCAACUCUAGUGGUCGUGACUCAAACUUGUCAUCAACAUUGCACAUGCUUUUCGUCUUCAUUCGCUCUUUCAACGGAGCUAUAAAGCGCUCGAUCUUCCGAGGGCAUGCAACUCCCGGGUUAGUAAUCGGCGCGGUUAAGGAUAAGAAAGGAAGCAGAA